UCUCUCCCGGACCUCGACGUCGACUUCCGGAGCUUACUAGCUGAGCUACUAGUACAAGGCACAUAUCAUGCAAGCAGCACACCCAAGACGUGAGGAGCCUUCAAUAUGGUACAAACUCAAGAUGGGUGCUCUUAUGGGAAGCGGUGUAGGUCUGACCAUAGGAUUUAUCUUUGGGUCCUGGAGCAUCGUCAGGCAUGGUCCAGGGCCUCGCGGAGUUUUGGCGACUCUAUCCCAGUACAUGGUCAGCAGUGCAGCGACCUUUGGUUUCUUUCUCUCAAUCGGUUCUGUCAUUCGAAGCGACUCUGCCGUCAGUACACAUCUACAAGCUGCUAGAAUGCAACUUCUCACUCCUGCAAUGGCAAUUCGCUCAAGAUCAGAAGGAAUGGAACUCAUCAAAGCACGUUGGGCUCAGGAAACCAAGCAGAACUAGACUUAAAACCAACACAGAAUCCUACCUCUCGGUCUAGGCUCUGUCGUGGCUUCUUGCGAAGCAGGAUGCACAUAAAAUCAGAUCGUUUGCUAUUCGGUUCCUCACCGUUGGAAGGAAACACACUAAGCGGCUAGCACUUCAUUCAUAAUUACAAGACUUUGUACUGGCACUGCAAAUGAUUUGCUUAGUACUUACCGGUACUCCAUUUGUUCUUCCUUUCAAUGAGACAAGCUUAUGACCCGGCCCUUUGUGCCGAGUUUUUUUGCAUGUUUAUACACC